GAAUGCCAAUCUCCAUCUAGUGCUUGUGCAUCAUUCGAUCUGCACAGAAGAGGGCUUGUCUCGCUCUCCGCCUCCUGCAGCCAUUCUUAUCGGUACUGUACUUUUCGAGAUUCAGCGCGCUUUCUUGAUUGUCCACAAGGAUAUUUGUUGAUAGAGUGGCACCAUUUGAACUCCUGUGAAGUGGUACGGUUGGCAUGUUGAUGACAGAUUCAUGUGUAGACUGAUCCAGGUUUAUAUUCCAAGAGUGUGUCUCUGAACAGUUGGAGUGUCUAUCGUGUCUAGAUUUUUAACCUCCGCCAGAAAUGUCUGAGAAUGUGUCGAUCGAGCUCCGCAAAUGCCUGAAACUCGUAGCUGGAGGUCGGACGAGGGUGAGCGAAGGAUUAACGGCGUCCUUGCGGCCCAUCAUCUUCAUGGUGACGAGCCAGUGAAGGUGGAUAAGCGGGAGGAUGACAACGGAAGUGAUGGGUUGCUUCGCAGGGUGAUGUGAAUGUCCCUGGUCUCAUUGGCACGAGCUCUUCGCUUGUGGACUCAUUCCGGCAGUUGCGAAAACACCAACGCAUUUCGUCUCAAUUGUUCGCCAGGGCCUGGAAAUGGGCAUGGAAGCCGUGUGCAGCUCCAAAUUCUUUGCUUCCAAUGCCGUAACUGCCCCCACAUUAUCCUACCAUAUCUCUAUUGACCUUGAUUUUAAGGAUGGUAGUUUUCUACGCCGUGCGAAGCGGUCCACGAAGAUGGCAGCGUCGGAGGGAACAGGGCCACAGUUCAGGAUUGUGAGACGCACGAACAACGUCCUUGGGUCAGCCGCGUCCUUUGGAUGCGGUUUUACCCCGCCUCUCACCAGCACGGAGAGGUCCGAACCAUGUAUAUGCAGAGCGAAUUCUUCCGAGAGGUCGGGUCUGCCCGAACGGGAUGAUGAAGAGAAACAGCCAGACGCUGAAACUCAGCAGGUGAAGCGACAGGGAAGCUACACGGUGGGUCUCAGUUUUGGCUCAUCUAACCCCGAAGCUGACGGGUUUCAGAGAUCACCAGCGUCAGAUGACAGGGAUGAAUUCUUUGCGAAGUUGUCAAUGGCCCUCGAAGCUUCCCGUCUCGCCGACUCAAGAGCUAGCUCAAUUUCGACAACUGCCUUCUCUGAAAUCCCUGGAGAUGGCUCUAGCCUUGUCGUCGGGCGUGACAUCCAAGGGCCUAGUUCUGUCUCAAGCUUGGUGAUUUCCACCAUCCCAUCCACCUCAGGUACCAAUUUGUGUGGGCUGGGAGUGGGUGGUAUGCAGCUCCCGCCUUCUAUCAAGAAACUGAAGCGGCCUCCUAGGUUAUCGCGACCUGCCAGAGGGUCUUCACAGUGCGCCAUUAAGAGGGCAUUUUCUUCCGUGGUCUACAUGAUCAAGGUGGUGCAAAGCCACGCUCUACAGAUACGCCAGGCUCUCUUCUCGGAACGGGACGUGCAAGAGGUUUUGCAUGUGGUGCAUCAGGAGAUGCACUCAUCCUUUGUGUGGCUAUUCCAACAAGUGUUCGCGUGCACACCGAAACUCAUGGUGUCCGUAAUGAUUCUGUUGGCGAACUUCACCGUAUUUUCGACAGGUGAGAGCGUUACCGCCAUCGCCGCAGCCACUGAGACGCCAGCAGCGAUUGCAUCCUUCCUCUCGACCAACAGAGACACGCCACAAACGGUGUCGUCGUUGUUGUCUUCAUCUUCGGAUUCCAAGAUGAGUUUUGGUAGUCAGGGGUACCUGAUACCGGGGUUGGUUCAAGAUUCUCCAUUGUUUCCUCUCGCAGGAGCUGGCUCCGGUGGGAAUAACAAGUCCCCCACCGUGCCAACGGCGGAGAGCUUCGACGGGGACGAUGGCUGGCAAAAUAACAUCACAACCGAUCAGGGCUAUAUGCUAUCGAAGAAAGAUUCCACGGUUCCUUUGGAGUUAUCCCACAUUACGGGUCCUGCAAUCAAACCUGCUCAUCAGUUCCAGGUGGAGCCUGAACACGGUAACUACGAUAGCGUUGAACAAACUAAUAAAAAUGGCCAUUCCAGAUCACAUCCCGAGCUGAUGAAGGCAUCGGUUGAAAGCAGUAUGAAGGACAUUAUCCUUGCGAAUGAUUAUGUGCAAUUGGAGCAAGACACCAUCCGGAGGCUGGUAGCCCCACUUGUGGCGCAUCUCGAAUCAGACAACUACGCGUGCUUUGACCGCACUGAUCUGGAGUACCAGCAUGCUCUCACCCAAGAGCCGUCUAGACCUCUUCUGCUGGCCAACUAUGCGCAGUUCCUCUUCGUCGUCCGACGCGACUACGAUCGAGCUGAAGAAUACUUCCACCGGGCUGUGCUAGCCGACCCGCUGGACUCGACCAUUCUAGCCCGAUUUGCCAGCUUUUUGUGGCUGGGACGUGGAAAUCGAUCUGCAGCAGAGAGAGCCUACAAGGCCGCUAUUGCAGCGGAUCCGCAGAGUUCGUACCCUGCUGGAAGUUAUGCACAUUUCCUUUGGCAUGCGGGUGAUGGAGAUAACUCUGAGACAAUGGCCAUGUAACAUAAGGCGUCGUUGGAGUUCGACUACCUAGAAAUCCACAGGAGAAAAUUUCUCCAAGUUAGUGUAAAUUGGAACGGUGAAUAGAAGUGUAGCACUGAUUUGUACAACUAUCAGCUAUACGAGCGUGUCUGAGAUUUAGUGGGAUUUGCAGCUCCAAGCACUUGAGCAUCGUAGUGUACCAUAGAUGUUCUAUUGCUUCUGUAAGGAAAUGUGAUGUAUACAUCUGCAAAUCAUCGUCCAGACGCUAUCGUGCAGAGAGGUGAAACCUCGUUGUCGGUACUGAAUUCUUUUUGUAGGUGACAGACGUGUAAUCUCGUGCAAUUCGAAAGACUACCCAUGUCAGUCGCAA